AUGCGUACUUCAGACUCAAAGAAGUACGAGGAGGCGGAUGACGCCGCCUGGGAAGCUUGCAAAGGUGCCAUGAUCGGUGCCGGCAAAUGGGGUUUAGGAACUGCCAUCCUGGGAGGUCUAGCAUAUCUUCGAUCCCCCGUGUAUAGGUCAACGACCUUGCAGUUUAAAGUAUACAUCCAGUCCUCAGGUAUGGUUCUCGGAGCAAUGCUGAAUGCUGAAUCACGACUGAGGGAAUAUGAGGCCCAAGUCAGGAUGCAGAGGAGGAUGAUGAGGGAAAAGGCCAGAUGGGACCAAUACGAGGAGGAGCUUGCAGCUCGAAGAAAUGAAAAGUCUUAG